AUGCCAUCGCAAGAGCCGUUGCACUUGCACGUCAUCAGCAUGGACCUCGACGGGACGGGCCUGAAGCGCAAGACACACUGGAACAGCUUCACGACAGAUUUGUUUCUGGAGACGUCCUGGGUAGAGAGGCGGCUGGAGGAGCGGGGAAGCAUCGGUCUGGACAUGGAACUCGAGCAUGUGAAGUUGAGGUGCUUCCGCUGCCCGGGCGAGCCGGAAUUUCGAGACUUGGAAUCCCUUAAAGCACACAACCGUGCGUGCACCGCGCCGGUCCCGGCAGCAGGCCGCCAUGACCCCGCGGCCCUCGACGUACGUAGAGGUUCUUCGACGUGA